AGGAUGGCCGGCGGGGUGAGAGCGGGGCCGGGGCGAGGAGAGGGACCCUGCCCGAUGGCGAGGGCGCUCAGGGCUUGCUGAGACCUCUCCUGACCCCGCUUAGUGAGGAGGCGGCGUUGUCCAGCACAGGUGCCGCCUUUCCCCGGCAGUUUCUCCCGGCGGGGCACCGUGGUCCGCCCGCGCAGCUCUGGGAUCUCCUCGUCUCCGCGGAGAAGCGGGGGACAGAGCGGGAUCGGACGGCGGAAGAUGCUGUGCCUCACGGUAGCCUUCCAGCUGCUGCUGCUGCUGCUGGUGCUGGUGCUGGUGCUGUGCAGCCAGGGUACAGAGAGCUGUCCUUCAGCCUUCUGCGAGUGCUCUGACUGGGAGGAUUACAAAAUCACUUGCAGGGACAUCUACUUUAUUCCCAGCCUACCGGAGGACACCCAGACCCUGAGAUUUUUGGAGACUCAUCUAAGAAAAAUUCCAAGUGAUGCUUUUUCCAAUCUCCCCAACAUCUCUAGGAUUUACAUCUCUAUAGAUGAAACACUUCAGAGUCUGGAGGCCCAUUCCUUCAACAGUUUAAGCAAAGUCACUCACAUUGAAAUUCGAAAUCUUAGAAACUUGGAUUACAUAGAUCCAAAUGCCUUUAAGAACCUCCCACUUCUGAAAUACCUUGGUAUCUUUAAUACUGGACUCAAAGUAUUCCCAGACCUCAACAAAAUCUAUUCAUUUGAUGUGAAUUUUUUGCUCGAAAUUGCAGACAAUCCUUAUAUGACUUCAGUGCCAGCAAAUGCUUUCCAUGGGCUUUGUAAUGAAUCUCUAACCCUUAAACUCUACAAUAAUGGUUUCACCAGUAUUGAAGGCCGUGCUUUUAAUGGGACAAAUCUGGAUGCUAUCUAUCUGCACAAGAACAAAUACCUCAAUGUUAUCAAUGAUGAUGCAUUUCUGGGAGUGCACAGUGGACCAACUCUACUGGACGUCUCCAGAACAGCUGUAGCCAACCUUCCAGCCAAAGGAUUGGAAAGCCUAAAAGAACUAAUGGCCCAAAAUACAUGGACUUUAAAGAAAUUACCAGCUGUAAAGGUAUUUCUUCAGCUAAUGCGAGCUGACCUAUCAUACCCAAGUCACUGCUGUGCUUUCAAGAGCUGGAAAAAAAAAAGUGGGAUCCUGGAGUACCUGAUGUGUAACCAGAGCAGCCACAGCUUUCACAAGAGAUCAGUCAAGAGUCUCAGAGACCCAUUUUACAAAGAUUAUGCAGAAGAAUACACAGACCACACCAAUUCUGUGUAUGACACAGACACCAAGUUCACAAGCUUUCAUGAAAAUCCCCAUUAUUACAUUUUUUUGGAAGAGCGUGGAGAAGGAAAUCUUGGCUUUGGCAAAGAGCUCAAGACCCCUCAAAUGGAAGAUGUCCAGACCUUUGACAGUCAUUAUGACUAUCCUGUCUGUGGAGGCAAUGAAGACGUAAUAUGCACACCAGAGCCUGAUGAGUUUAAUCCCUGUGAGGAUAUAAUGGGAUAUCAGUUUCUGAGGAUUGUGGUGUGGUUUGUGAACUUGCUUGCCAUCCUAGGCAACAUUUUUGUCCUUUUUAUCCUUCUCACCAGUCAUUACAAACUGACUGUACCUCGCUUUUUGAUGUGUAACUUGGCCUUUGCUGACUUUUGCAUGGGGUUAUACCUCCUUCUGAUCGCUUCAGUGGAUCUCCACACCAGGUCAGAGUACUAUAAUCAUGCCAUAGAAUGGCAGACCGGGCCUGGCUGCAACACAGCCGGGUUUUUUACAGUCUUUGCCAGUGAACUUUCUGUGUACACCCUGACCGUGAUCACCCUGGAGCGCUGGUACGCCAUCACCUUCGCCAUGCGGCCCGACCGGAAGAUUCGCCUGCGGCACGCCGUGCUCAUCAUGCUGGGAGGGUGGCUCGCCUGCAUCCUGCUCGCCCUUUUGCCACUGGUUGGUGUCAGCAGCUACAGCAAAGUCAGCAUCUGCCUGCCUAUGGACACUGAAACACCAGUGGCUGAAGCCUACAUUGUCUUUGUUUUAAUAUGCAACAUUAUUGCUUUUGUCAUCAUUUGCGCCUGCUACAUAAAAAUCUACACGACUGUGCGAAACCCCCAGUACAAGUCAGGGGACAAAGAUGCCAAAAUUGCCAAGCGAAUGGCUGUGCUGAUUUUCACAGACUUUCUGUGCAUGGCUCCCAUCUCUUUCCAUGCUUUAUCUGCCAUUAUGAACAAACCAUUGAUAACUGUCUCCAAUUCCAAGAUUUUGCUGGUACUUUUCUACCCACUCAAUUCUUGUGCCAACCCCUUUCUUUAUGCUAUUUUCACCAAAGCUUUCCGCAGAGAUGUGUUUAUCCUGCUAAGCAAGUUCGGUAUAUGUGAACAUCAGGCUCAAGUCUACAGAGGUCAGACAGUCUCAGCCAAACACAGCAGUGGGUCUUAUGGGCAGAGAAUCAGCCGAGGGAUAGGCCAGGUUCUUACAAGCAUCCAAGACCCAGUCAAUGAUUACCUUCCUGCUGUGACAAUGCAGACCCAAAUUCUCAUGGAAGAAUGCAAGCAAACUGAGCUCUAGCAUCUCAAAGUAUCACAGCCAAAACCUGGUCAAGAGGUGAUGGUGCAUACAGUGAAUCAAGUGAGAAGACAAUAUUGUCCACAUCCUUUUCCCCAAGGUUGGGCUUUGCCAUAACUGAAAGUACCUCCAGAAUGGUCUUCUUUCAGACAAACCACUUAUUUGAACCUCUUAUCAGUGGAGGGCAAAACACAUAGUCCUGAUGAUAAUUCUGGAAGUAGAUGUGAAUGCUCCACCUAAAUAGGAAAAUUAUAUAUAUAAAAACUGAUCAAAUAUAAAAUAUGCUCUCAUCUUAAAAAAAAAAAAAAGAAGCCCAACAGUAAGACUUGGGGGUACUUUCUUUUGUUUGCUGGUCUUGGUUUAGUUUGGAGAGGUGGGAAAACAAGCUUCAUACUUCCUUUUAGUGGCAAAAGGCAAAUUAUCACUGAUUUUGCAGCUGCUCAUAAGACAUCAGGUAAUGUUUCUACAUUAGGGCAUUUGUGUCCAUUACUAUCACUCUCUCACUUUUUGAAAAAUCUAUUUAGGAGCUGGUUUAUUUGAAUUUGUUUUGAAGACCAGGCUACCCAGUCAAGUUAAUGAUGGUUGUUUGGGUUUUUUUGGAUGACUGAUCCAGUUGUUACCAAAUUUCAGUGCUGUUUUAUGUGAGCAUAUUUAUUGCUCUGAACACCCUGCAAUUCCAGCUUUCUUACCACUUCUGCUGUCCCUCCUUACCCCUCUCUCACAGGGUAGACCUUUCCUUUUAGCACUUUCUAUGUUGAGCCGCCUCAAACCUUGACUUAGACCAAGGGAGUGGAUCACACCUUUGGGUCCCUUCAUGCCAUACAGUUCACUGCAUUGAAGGCUGACUUCUAGCUCCUCCAAUGUGUUUUAAGAACAUCCAUCUUGCAGUGAGAUCUGUUACCUGACCUUAGUAAUGUUUGCAGCACAACUACAAGAAUCCCACAGUUAUCCUCAGGCUGACCACAGCCUGGCUGUAGCUGGGACAUACGCUCUCCACAGUGUGCUUAAGGAAAUCCAUGCUCAGACACAACGAACAGCCCCCAGUCUAAAGCAGGAAAGCAUCCUUCUGCCCUGCCUGCUGCUAGAUGGGGCAGACCUAGGUCAAGCUUGGCUGUGCUCAGCUCAUUCAUACACCACAAACAAAUGAACAGAGGCCUGGCCCUCCACCUUCUGCAGACAUCAGCACUCGGGGUAGGAGCUGCUCUGCACCAGCUGCAUUAACAUUUGAGUGGCCCGAGUGCCUGGCUUUGCUGGCAGGAUCACACCUGGUCCCAGCCAGCUCCACAGACUGGCUCUGCAGAACUGCUACCAAGGUUACCGUGGAUCAUUUCAUUCAUCUAUUUGAAAGUCUUGGCAUAAAAAUGGAAACUAUUGUGUGAAUAUUUGCCUUCAGGUAAGUAUUUUUAAAUUAAUUUUGUAAUAGCUAUGCUGGUUUUUAUGGAAUUAUAGUCUUUGAGGAACUAUAAUUAAAUUGAUCAGACAAUAGUAAGGACUUAUAUAAUGUGGGUGACUAGUAUCCAAAAAAAACAUAACGAUAGAACCCUUUGAACUGCUGGCUACUACAGCUGGAAACUGAGUGACUGCAAAUGCCAAGUACAUACUCUAUUUGAUUCUAUAUUUUCCAAAUAUUUAAAACUCAAUUUGAUUUUGUACUUCUGAUUAUAAAUGAAGGCUGCUUCAAUGAGCAGAAACAAGGGCCUAGAUUCAUGAAUUCCAUGAGAUGGUCUUACAGAAAAUAAAUAAUCUAUCAAUGUUCAUGUCAUUUAAAAAAAUCUACAAUAUUGCGUUAUAGACUAAUUUAGCUGCUUAUUUUGGAGGAGAGGCACAUUUCCAUUUUAGGUUGAUUCUCCACAAAUUCUGAAAGCAAAACUGCUGAAAUCCAUGCAAAUAAUAAUUUAUUACCUCCUCUUCUGCAAUCUGAAGCCGCCCAUUGUUACAUCAGAAACAAAGGAAGCUUCUUAAGUGUGCAGAUCAGCAAACUUCCUUACUCUUGAAACAGCUGCAUUUGCAAUGCUCUGGCCCCACAUCCAAGAGUCCCAUACAAACAUGGGGCUUUUCAGAUGCAACACACCCCCUGCCAGGUUCUGCCACCCUUCUGAUACUCAAGCAACCUUUAAAAGGGAGAAACAGUUUCCUGAGUGCCUUUAUUUAGUAUCUCAGCAGCAGCAAAGACAACCAAGCUCUAAUGGACACUUGUUUUACAGACUUCACAAACACUAGUGGUACCACUGGAAAAUCUAAGCUUAAAUCAUAUUCUUUUUCAGAAAGAAAGGAAAGACUAAAUCAAAAUUUAUGUUAAAGGUGUUUUCAAAAUUAACGUGGACCUUAAACCAGAACAUUUCUUUCACAGAAACUAGUAGGACUUCAAAAAGAUGUGGUAUGUUGGACUAGUAUAGGUUGUUUGUAAACUAAUGCAGCUAUUUGCUGUUACUAAUAGAUGACAGAUAUAUUUACACAUUAUUGAACUUUUCUGUCUCUCAUUAUUGCGUAUACAUUAUGCCGGUUAAAAGAAUUCUGAGAUGCUGCCUUUAGCAACAAAGUUUGAUAUUUCCAGUUUGUCUUGCAUAGUCCUUCUUGUAUUUAAUUUGGUAAAAAAUAUUUUAGAAGCUCUUGGAAAGGUACAGGCUGUAGGGAAGGCUGUGCUCCAGGACAGCUUUGAUGAAUGGAGAUGAGAGAUCACUGAAGGCUGCUCUUAGAAUAUCAGGUUUAUUAGGGAUGGUGAAAGGUCCUGCUUGGAGCUGCCAGACGCAGCACGUGGCAAGGCCUGAGGGGAUGGGGUAGGGGAGAGACAAGGGGUAGAGAGGAUGCUCUAGGAGAGGGUGGAAGUUCUGAGAGAGUGGGGAUUCCAAGAGAGGGGAAGUUCCAAGAGGGCGUCUGGCCCCUCAGAGACCCCUUAUCAGAGGGCUUCAAGGUGGGCUGGAACAAGACUUGGGCCAAUGGGGUCACAGACACCUGAUGCUUCAGGGGAGGGUUACAGGUGUGGGAUGAACCAUACAUUUUGGGGGGUGAGAUGGAGCAGUCCAUUUGACUUUUGGACCUAUCUGUAGGGUAUUGUCCAGCCAGUAGGGGAGAUUGUUUUCAUCCUGGCUGUACUAUUGUGAAUCUUUUGCCAGGCAAUUAUAUUUAUCCAUCCUUUCCAACAACAGGCAAAUAGAAUUUAAAUAAUUUAUUUGACAGAUCUUUUCUUGUAAAUGUUUGUAUCCUACAAGUAUUCUCUUCCAUUCCUGCUCUGAUCAAUUCCCUGAGACAUUUUUGGGUUUGUGUGCACCUUUAUGUAAUACUUGCUAUUUUAAAUCCGUCUCAGCAAGCUGUGUUAUUUCUGGCAUUUAGUAUGUAUGCUCUCUAGAACAGUUCAGAAGUAAUGGGAAGCAUGGGAAUAAAAUAUUUUGUUUGAAAUUG